AUGAGGUUGCAAGAACUUCAAGAUGCUAUAAACAAACUUCCAUUGAGACAUCCAAUCGACGUCAAAUUGUAUUGGAGAGCAUCAGAGUUAGGUCAGAAGAUUUUAUAUGAAACAGGUUGCUUUGACGAUGUUUAUGAGAUAACAGGAGAAGUUUCUCAGAAGAUAAGAGACUCGCUUGAAUUUCCAAAAACUGGUCCGAUUGGAUGCGAUAAGUUCGACUCAGAUGAAAAGAUAUACUAUGUCGACCUUAACGCUGCAUACAUGAGGUUUGUCCAAUAUAUUCCGACUGGAAUUCCAAACGAAGAUGGUGAGUUCUCGGGAAGGAACUAUACAGUUGGAAAAGUCAUACAACAACUGUAUGAUAUUAGGAAAGCUUCAAACCCCAAACUUGCAAUGACACUCAAAUUGCUUAUGAAUUCGACAUGGGGGUAUUCCAUUAAAAAACCUCAAGAGAUGAAGAGUAAACAUUAUGAGAAGGUCGACAACUUUGUUGAAAGGUUUUCUCCUUUUGUUUUGAAGUACGAAUUCACUCAAGGUCAAAGUGGCUUAGUAACCACAUUAAAACCUAUUGUCGAACAUUGGUCUUACCCUCAGUUCGCAAAGGCAGUCCUUGACAACUACAACAAAUUCUUCUCCGAAGUCAAAUCCAAAGUUGUGGUUUACUAUGAGAACAUUGACGCACUCAUGACGAACGAAGAAGGCUAUAACAAACUCAUUGAAAUGGGCAUGGUCGGUGAAAAGAUGGGCUGUUUUAAGCUAGACAAGGUAUUUUCCGAAGUUCAUGUUCUCUCCAAGCGUAAGUACUGGGGCAUACUUGAAGACGGCACAGAAAUAAAACAUUGCAUGAAAUAA